AUGUGUUUCGAAAAUCGCGGCUACAACAAGCUCUUCUUCGCGCAUGGUAAACGCACACAGCGCACCACAGAAGAGCUUUGGCCACACUUAUUUCCGGGUUUGCCUGUUCCAGACUGGUGGCUUCAUUAUGUUGGCGUGGACAGGCUAAAAGUCUGCCGGUGUAGCCAUCCUGCACGACAUCGGGAGAAAACUUUCCGUCUUUGCAAAGAAUGGCCAGAACUAGAAGCAAGCUUAAAUUUCUACAUGGAACGCAUGAAAUACAAGACAUGUACAGUAGCUGAGUAUUUGGAUUACCAGCUAAAACGCGAAAAGUUGUGGGAAAGCGCUGGCGUAUAUAUCCGCUCUUUCCACUGGGCGGAUUCUGCAAGGAUGUUCGUGUGCCGUUGUGCCGAAAGUACUUGUUACAAGCAUGGUAUUCCCAAGGACACAGUGCAAUUGGAGCAAUGUGCAGAAUAUUUUCUUCUUCAUCGAGAUGAAAUAACGGUGUCGCAAGACAAGUGGGAGUGUUAUGAUCAAGAUUUGCCACCCCCUUACUCACCCAAUGCACAAUCCCAGUCGAAAUAUUCUCAUCAGCAAUACCAACGUCCAAACCAGAAUGGGCAUACUAGCAAGGCAUCUCGGAGGAUUCCCAAGUCGGAAAUGGGAAUGCGCGGCAAUGCGGAGCCACUGACACCUCGCUUCGUUGGGCCGCACAAAGAUGGCGCGGCAACACAGCAAGAGUCAGAGAUGCCUCCCCAAGUUUGGCAGCAUGCCCGCCCCUCUUUGUGGAAACAUCCUGAUGGUAUCUCUUCAUCAGCAAGCACACCCUUGGGUUCGUCGUUUUUCGUUCCAUCGGAGGAGCCUUGUGUACCAGCAACUGCUCCACUCGAAAACCGACCCGCUCCUUGGAAUGGCUCGGAUUCCGGCUAUUUAUCUACAACCCAACAUCAAGGACAACGAGUUGAAAGCGUUAGAGGCAUGCACAGUCGUUCCAAAAGCCAUGAGCCAGAUCAUACCCGGGCGGAUAGUGGUUUUGACAUGCGCUCAAUGCAUAAAGCAGUCCAGACAGAUAUUGCAGAACUAUCGCCAGAAACCUACUACCAUGGCGAUAAGCAUGCUGUUCCUGCUGGUCAUGAUAAUCAAAACAAGGGAUCGAAUGUCCAUACUACCGGCGAGCUUCCUGCCGAGACUCCCGCAGCAGAGUUGCCGACACAUGCGCCGCGCCAACGACACACACCAACGCUGAAUGCCCUCGAGGGCCGCGACCGGGGCACUGUCCCCGAGAUGGAGGCAAAGACGACCGACUCGAAUUUUAAAGGUGAGAAAGUACCGGUCUGCAUGUCUGGUUACACUUACAACUCUGGAUUAAUAGACUCACUCCUCGAACAGGUUUCGUAUCUGGGCUCUUCUACGACCCUUGAUCAUGACGAACAACUGCUACAUGCCGCUGAUUCGACUCCCGGAGUCUCUGAAUCUUUUCAGCAUUGUGAAGAGCCGCGUAUAAAUUUGAUGUCUGUUUUCCAAUCUAAUCUAACGUUGGCGGAGCGCAUCGGGCAAGAUCUAAUGGCGAUCUUCGGUACGCAACGCACGCCCUUGAAAGAGGAGAUUGCAAUCGAGUUUCCCCAUCGCAGUGAUGCAUUCAAGUGCUCGUCGGAAGAAGAGUUGGCGGUUACGCAGCUCGCUCUGAUCAAGGAUCACGUCGGGAUUAAUGCAGAAGAGGUGUUCAGUCGCUGGAAUGCCGAUGACGCUACGCCUAACUGGAACGCAGGUGUGAUCCAACCUGCUGUUAAAAUCUUCAUGGGAUGGAAUCGCUCGUUUCGUACCCUCUUCUCCAUGUCUCAAGAGUCGUUUCUUCGAGUCGUUGCUUGGGGAGAGCUAGUGCGCUUGAUGAACCAGUCUUGGACGAUGAUGCAGCGCCAACCGGGCGAGAAGGUCAUGUUUAGCCAGCUCGGGCAGGUGCAUUGUCGGUUCUUCAAGGCCAAGGCUAUUUAUGACAAGGAGAAGACAGACUGGAAGAUUAGUCGCUUUGAGGCGCUGGGCUGUGAUAUGAUUGCGGCGUACCUUGUAACGAUGACGAUAGAAAUUGGAAGAAACACAUAG